AUGCUCAUGCCCUCCAAGAAGGACCUCAAGACUGCCAUGGAGGUUUUUGCUCUUUUCCAGUGGGCCCUCAGUGCCUUUCUUAUCGUAAGCAUCGUGAUCUUUGUCAACCUCUACUUGGUGGUGUUCACACCAUACUGGCCUGUCACUGUGCUCAUUCUCACCUGGCUGGCUUUUGACUGGAAGACCCCUGAGCGAGGUGGCCGCCGGUUUAACUGCGUGAGACACUGGUGCCUAUGGAAACAUUACUGUGAUUAUUUUCCUCUCAAGCUCUUGAAGACUCAUGAUCUCUCCCCCAGCCAGAACUACAUCCUUGCCUGCCACCCUCAUGGGCUCAUGUCCCAUGGAUGCUUUGGCCACUUUUCCACAGCAACCUCAGGCUUCUCCAAGAUUUUUCCUGGAAUCACCCCUUAUAUGCUCACACUGGGGGCCUUUUUCUGGGUACCUAUCUUCAGAGACUAUGUCAUGUCUACAGGGGCCUGCUCUGUGAGCCAGUCCUCCAUGGACUUUCUGCUUACCCGUAAAGGCACAGGCAACAUGCUCAUUGUGGUUGUUGGUGGCCUGGCUGAGUGCAGAUACAGCCUGCCAGGCUCUUCCACCCUGGUCUUGAAGAACCGGUUUGGCUUUGUGCGUGUGGCCCUUCGACAUGGGGUGGCUCUAAUCCCUUCCUAUGCCUUUGGGGAGACGGACCUCUACAAUCAGCAUAUUUUCACUCCUGAAGGCUUGGUCAACCGUUUUCAGAAGUGGUUCCAGAGUAUAGUCAAGAUCUAUCCUUGUGCUUUCUAUGGGCGAGGCUUCACCAAGAAUUCCUGGGGCCUUCUACCCUACACACGACCUGUAACCACCGUCAUCGGGGAGCCUCUACAACUACCCAAGAUUGAGAAUCCCAGCCAGGAGAUUGUGGCUAAAUAUCAUGAACUCUAUAUUGAUGCCCUUCGCAAAUUAUUUGACCAGUUUAAGACGAAGUUUGGCUUCUCGGAGACCCAGGAGUUGGUGAUAGUUUGA